AUGAUACCUCAACUAAGAAGUUGGUUAGGAUCGCUUACGAUUAUUUCUGUUGUGUUGUCAGUGAAUUGUGUGAGCCGGAGCGACUUGUUUGAUUACGGACCACAAGUGGGAGACCAUCUCUUGGAUCCAGGGAUAGAUGUGACCGAAGAGCUGCUGCUGGAUCGGAACAUUUUUUUCUUGGACAAUACAAUUGACACCGUCUAUAUCAACACCAAUGGCUUUGUGGGCCUCGCUGAGCCCACGGCAGAGGCCAACUACCUUGGGAAGAUGCCAGCCAGUUUCAGAAUGAUCGCCGUCCAUCUGGGAGACCUGGACAACAGCGAUGGCGAGGGAAAGGUGUACUUCCGUCAGGACAGCAGUCCGGAUGCCCUGGACCGCGCCACGGAGUAUGUAAACAAGGGCUUCCCACGGGACGAGGUGGUACUCACCCACGCCCUGAUUGUCACCUGGGAAAACAUGGCUGCUCACGGGACGUCUGGCAGAGGGGACGGCCUGGACAAGAAGAGAAACACUUUCCAGCUGGUUGUGGCUUCCAUGGCGUCAUCCUCCUACGCCAUCCUACUAUACCCCAGAGAGGGUCUGCAGUACCUCUCCACAUCUGUUGGGGGUGAAAGCAAGCCCAUAGAGGCUGGUUUCAACGAAGGCUUGGUGAAGGGCUGGUUCAGCUGGAGCAGCAGUCAGGGCACCUACCACCGCAUCAGCACCGAUGAGGAGAGCUCCGUUAGGGAACUGGCACAGAAGACAAACGCAGGGCGCCAGGGAGUCUGGGUGUACGAGAUCGGCACCUCGCCGAUCUUCCUCGACAUUACACCAGGCGAGGCAACUGCCCUGCCUCCAGAUGAGGGAGUGGAUGAGCCUGUUGUGGCUGUUACACCUGGCCAACCAGAGGGACAGCAGAAGUAUGACAACCAUGAACCCGUCCAGCCUGUACCACCACGCUCCCAACCCCAGAUCCCUGAGGUAGUGGUGGUGGAAGAAGAUGAGGAUCUAGAUGUCGAUGUUUUUAAGUACAACUUUGAGACGUGUGCCAAUAACAGGCAGAAGUGUUCAGUUUUCGCCGACUGUCGGGACUACAGCAGUGGAUACUGCUGCCAUUGCAGGCCUGGUUUCUACGGCAACGGGAAGGACUGCAUAGCAGAGGGGAAACCCCAGAGAAUGAAUGGCAAGGUGAAUGGUCGAGUGUUUGUGGGCAACUCUCCCACCCCCGUGGAGCUCACCAAUAAUGACCUGCACUCCUACGUGGUAGCCAAUGAUGGACGGGCAUACAUCGCCAUCAGCACCAUCCCCGACAACCUGGGCCCCUCCCUGCAGCCCCUCUCCUCCCUGGGAGGUAUCAUUGGCUGGGCCUUCGCUUUGGAGCAGCCCGGCUUCGAAAAUGGCUUCAGUCUCAUCGGUGGUGAAUUUACCAGGCAGGCUGAGGUGAUCUUCCAGCCCGGCAAUGAAAGGCUGACCAUCAGGCAGGAGUUUAAGGGUAUUGAUGAACACGACCACCUGCUGGUGAGCACCCAGCUUGACGGGCGGCUCCCGGAGGUCCCACUGGGCGCCACGGUCCAGAUUGACCCCUACAAGGAGAUCUACCAGAACGGCAACAACUUGAUCACCUCCUCCUCCAACCGCGACUAUACUGUCAGCCUGCCGGACGACAGCGUUGAGACCAGGAGCUACUCAUGGCGUCAGACCAUCACCUUCCAGAGCUGUCCCCAUGACAACGCCGCCAACACGGCUCCGCCCACUCAGCAGCUCAGCGUGGACCAGAUCUUUGUCAUGUAUGACUCGGAAAACCAGCUGAUUCGCUAUGCCAUGAGCAACAAGAUUGGCUCCAUCCACAGUGGCCCCCCCGAGCAGAACCCGUGUUUCACAGGCAGACACGGAUGUGACACCAACGCCAUGUGCCGGCCAGGGGACGCCCUCUUGUUCACCUGCGAGUGUGCCACUGGUUUUACUGGAGAUGGACGCUCCUGCUACGACGUUGAUGAGUGCAGGGAGACUUCUCAGGUUUGUGGGCCCAACUCCGUCUGCAACAAUCAUCCUGGAACCUUUCGCUGUGAAUGUCUGCGAGGAUUUCAUUUUGCUAGUGAUGGGAAGACCUGUGUCGAGGAGAACCGUGCAGUUGACCACUGUCAGAGGGGCAGCCAUGACUGCGAUGCUCCGGACCGAGCUCGAUGCAGCUACACAGGGGGCUCGAACUACAUCUGCUCUUGCCUGCCGGGCUUCCUGGGCGAUGGUCGUGUCUGCCAAGACAUAGAUGAGUGCCAACAGGAUCAGUGUCACAGGGACGCCGUUUGCCAAAACACACCGGGGUCAUUCGCCUGCCAGUGCCGGCCUGGUUACCAUGGUGACGGUCUCCUGUGCACCCCCAACACCUCAGAGCGCGAGAAGACGCAGUGUGAGCGUCACAGGGAGAGCACCCAGGCGGGUACAAGCUCCUCUGGAACUUUCCUCUCCUUCUUCAGACCACGACCGGCUGUCGGUCAGUACGUGCCCCAGUGUGACCAGCAUGGGGCGUAUGAGCCCACCCAGUGUCAUGCCAGCAUUGGUCAGUGUUGGUGCGUGGACGCCAACGGUCAAGAGAUCCCCAACACCCGGACUGGCCCUGGCAGCAAACCUCUGUGUAUCGACCAGGGUGUGGCCCCCCCUCCGGUUGGCCCCACACCCAGGCCUGAUGUCAGUCCCUUGGCCCCAGGAACCCACCUGCUCUUUGCCCAGAGUGGGAAAAUUGAACAUCUCCCUCUGGACGGCUCCAACAUGAAGAAGGAGGAGGCGAAGGCGCUGCUCUACGUGCCGGACAGGGUGGUGAUUGCGGUGGCCUAUGACUGCAUGGAGAAGAUGGUUUAUUGGACAGACAUCACCGGCCCAGCCAUCAGCAAGGCCCCUCUGACAGGAGGCGACCCCAUCACAGUCAUUACAUCAGACCUGCAAAGUCCGGAAGGCAUCGCCAUCGACCACCUGGCCCGCCUGCUUUUCUGGACUGACUCCAUGAGGGACACGGUGGAAGUGGCUCACCUGGAUGGCAGCUAUCGCCGGGUCCUCUUCGACACAGACCUGGUCAACCCCCGGCCGAUCACCACAGACCCAGCUUACGGACGGCUAUACUGGGCAGACUGGAACAGAGACAGCCCUAAAAUCGAAAUGUCCAACAUGGAUGGCACGGAGAGGACAGUGUUGGUGAAAGAUGACCUGGCCCUGCCCAAUGGAUUGACCCUUGACCCCGAGAGUCAGCAGCUGUGCUGGGCAGAUGCAGGUAGUCGUAAAUUGGAGUGCAUGGACCUGAACCGCAGACUCCGAAGGCAGGUUGUGGAGGGGAUUCAGUACCCCUUCGCCAUUGCUUCGCAUGGAGGAAACCUCUACUACACUGACUGGAGGAGGGAAGCAGUAGUAGCAGUGGACCGUCUAACAGGGAGAGAGACAGAUGAGUUUCUGCCUCAGAGGCGUUCGAGGCUGUAUGGCAUCACCACCACCUCAACCCAGUGUCUCCGAGGUUAUAACUACUGCUCCAACAAUGGUGGCUGCUCCCAUCUGUGUCUGCCUCGGCCCGGCGGCUUCACCUGCCGCUGUCCUGACGCUGCGGACGGCCGAUGUGAGGAGAGGAACUUUUGA